AGUAAACACAUUACGUUAUUUUCCAAUUCAUUUCCGUUAGGGGUAUGCAUUCUGAUCGAAAAAUCGUUAUAUUGAAGGGUCCGUAAAAACGUAGUAUUACAACCGGGAAAACCAUAUCAAGCUAUCAGGCGCGAAUUUGACCACGGAAAGUCCGUCGCUGUCCGUCGUUGCUCUGCUCCGUCUGCGAAACUGUUUCAGCCACAAACAUGCCACCGGCGUGUCUGCUUAUGGGGACCUUAUGGCUGCUGCUCGCUGCCCUGAAUCCAGCUUGGGGGUCCAACAAUACUCUCCCUCUUGUUAUGUGGCAUGGAAUGGGGGAUAGCUGUUGUAACCCUUUGAGCAUGGGUGCGAUAAAGAAGAUGGUGGAGGAGGACCUACCAGGGGUGUACGUCCUCUCCUUGAUGAUUGGCAAGACGAUCGCACAGGACACAGAAAAUGGCUUCUUCCUGGAUGUGAACACGCAGGUCUCCAUGGCGUGCGAGCAGCUCGCCCAGGAUCCCAAGCUGAAGGGGGGCUACAAUGCCAUGGGAUUCUCCCAGGGGGGGCAGUUCUUGAGAGCAGUGGCUCAGCGAUGUCCCUCCCCACCCAUGAAGACCCUUAUUUCCGUUGGGGGUCAGCAUCAAGGGGUGUACGGCCUACCCAGGUGUCCGGGGGAGACGUCUCAUAUCUGCGACUGGAUUCGGAAGAUGCUCAACUCUGGCGCCUAUAGGGACUUGGUGCAGAAACAUUUAGUGCAGGCGCAGUACUGGCAUGACCCACUGAAUGAGGACCUGUACAGAACUCACAGCCUCUUCCUUGCUGAUGUCAAUCAGGAGCGGAUGGUUAAUGAGUCCUAUAAGAAGAACCUGCAAUCUCUGGAAAAAUUUGUGAUGGUUAAGUUCCUGCAGGACAGUGUUGUGGACCCAGUCGACAGCGAGUGGUUUGGGUUCUAUAAGCCAGGCCAGGGCACAGAGACAGAGACCUUACAGGAGAGCGCUUUGUACAAAGAGGACCGACUGGGUCUGGCGGCUAUGGAGAAAGCGGGCAAACUGGUGUUCCUUGCCUCUGAGGGAGAUCACCUGCAGUUCAGCAGGGAAUGGUUUGAUGCCAAAUUACUGCCGUAUCUGCGCUAGAAACAUCAACACACAGCAAACCCCAGUCAAGGGAACUGCUGCGGAUGCACACCAACUCCGUCUCAUCUGCUGUUACUGCUACUAAAUUCUUAACUAGCAAUAUUACACUCAAACACCCUAUGGUUGGUACUGUUUACAUCUCACUGUUUGAAAUUUAGCUUUUACUACCAUUAAACCAAUGAAAAAGGAAUUAGGAGUCUAUGAAAUGAUUUGGAUAUGUGGUGGAAUCAGAAAUAAAAUUAUUUUAACAAAGAA